AUGCCAGAACAGCCACAAGACCCAAUACCAGAAGCUAUCGCAGAUCCACCGCUCCCGCCUAUAGAACCCAGAGAUCGAUACGGAUUCAAGAAGCAGAGCCAAUACAUUUCGCUAGCGGAGUACGAAGAAUGGGAGGGGCGGUACAACGAGACGCUGGAGAGGCGACGGAAGAAAUGGGAUCAGCUGUUGCGGGAAUCCGGGUUGACGCCCGGAGAAGAGGGGCCAGUUAGGUUUCCACCCAAGUCGGCCAAAAUAAAACGAUAUGUGCGCAAAGGUAUACCUCCGGAAUGGAGAGGCGCAGCCUGGUUCUGGUAUGCGGGGGGUCAGAAGUAUCUCAGCAAGAAUGUGGGGGUAUACGAUAGUCUGGUUAAGAAGGGGUCGAUUGCGCCCGAUGCGGAGCUGAUCGAGCGAGAUCUUCACCGCACAUUCCCCGACAAUAUCAAAUAUAAGCCCGAUCCUCCUCCCGGGACGCGGAUGUCCAAGAUGCUGGAGAAGCAAUUCGAGACGCCUAUGGUGCAAAAACUUAGAAGGGUGUUGGGUGCGUUUGCUAUACAUGUACCGAGGAUUGGGUACUGCCAGAGUCUGAACUUUCUGGCCGGGUUGCUGCUGUUGUUUAUGCCGGAAGAGAAGGCUUUCUGGAUGUUGUUUAUCAUGACCCAGACGCAUCUGCCAGGAACUCACGAGAUGAACUUGGAGGGGAGUAGUGUGGAUCAAUGGGUACUCAUGACGAGCGUCCGAGAUAGUUUACCACACAUCUGGCAGAAGAUUGGUGGAGGAUUGGACGGUAGUGAGGUAGAGCUUAAUGGUACUGCACUUCCACCAGUCACACUGUGCACUUCAUCGUGGUUCAUGAGCGGCUUUAUCGGAAGCCUACCUAUCGAGUCCAUCCUUCGCGUCUGGGAUUGUCUCUGGUACGAGGGUUCGAAAACGCUCUUCCGCAUCGCCCUGACGGUGUUCAAAACCGGCGAGCCCCAGAUCAAAGCCGUCAACGACCCGAUGGAGAUCUUCCAAGUGGUGCAGACGAUUCCGCGACGGCUGAUCGAUGCCGGCGCGCUGAUCGAAGCCUGCUACCGUCGCCGCAACGGCUUCGGCCACCUCAGCCAAGAAACCAUCGAUGAGCGCCGGCAGGAGCGCCGCAACGUCUUUGCCGAAGAGCGUGCGCUCAUCGCCCGCGGCGUCCGACUCAGCAAGGAUGACGGUGCACUGCGCAGCACAGGAUUCGAUACUGCCUCCUCGCAUAAAGUUGGAGGCGGCCACCAUGGAGACUUGGGGAAGAAGUUUAAAAAGAUCUUGGUGAAGACGUAA